UGCACAAUCUCGGCGGAGAGGUUUCCAGGUCAGCAGACGGCUCUGGAAACUCGUCCCUAUCGGUGCUAAUCCCGUGUGCGCCGCGGAGCCCUGACCCCGUUUACUUUUCUCGCGAUACUUCCAUCGCCCUACUCUAAGAUGGCGUCCCUAGGCUUCCGCUGGAGCUUGUGAGAGUUUGCCUGCAGUUGUCCUGGCUGGUAGCCCCAUACCGCCCGAAUGGAUUGCCGAGAGGAAAUGCCUGGUUUGCUUGCUUGGAUGGCGUGCAGCAGUGGUUACCAUACGGCGUGAUCCACUCAUGUUUACUCAGAAGUAAAUCCCACUCAUUCCAAUAGGACUUACUCCCAAUUCAGAAUGCCUAACUCUAAAAGGAGAUCUCGGCAUAGGCGCAAUGUUGGUCAGGAAGCUGGGAGGCGUGAAUUAGUGUCUAGAUCCUUGCAAAGUGCUCAACACUGUCUGGAAAAUCAGGACUUUGGAACUGCAUAUGCCCACUAUCUCUUGGUAUUGAAUCUAGCUCCUGAGCUUAAAAAUGAUGUCAAGGAAACAUUUCAGUAUACCCUUUGUAAAUGGGCAGAAGAGCUGAAUUCUCUCACACGAUUUCAAGAUUUAUUUGAUUGCUAUGAACAUGCCCUGGAAUUAUUUCCUAAUGAUGAAGUUAUAUGUAACAGCAUGGGGGAACAUCUCUUCAGAAUGGGCUUUAGGGAUGAAGCAGCUGCAUAUUUCCAUAAAGCUGUGAAGCUAAACCCUGACUUUCCAGAUGCAAAAGAGAAUUUUUAUCGUGUUGCUAACUGGGUGGUAGAACGAUGGCACUUCAUCAUGCUUAAUGACGCCAAUAGGAAUUUGCUGUAUCAAAAAGCAAUUGAAAAGGCUGUCUGUUCAGGGUGCAGAAGUGUUCUUGAUAUUGGAACAGGAACAGGAAUUCUCAGCAUGUUUGCCAAAAAGGCUGGCGCACCUUCCGUCUAUGCGUGUGAGUUAUCCAAGACCAUGUAUGAAUUGGCUUGUGAAGUGCUAGGUGCAAACGAUUUGGAUGGAGAAAUCAAACUACUUCACAUGAAAUCCCUUGAUAUAGAAAUCCCAAAGCACAUACCUGAAAGAGUGUCCCUGGUUGUCACUGAAACGGUAGAUUCUGGUUUAUUUGGAGAAGGAAUUGUGGAAAGCUUGAUCCAUGCUUGGGAGUAUUUGCUUUUACCGCCAAAGCCCAAUGAUGGCAGAGUUAACACUGAAAACUAUGGUAAAGUUAUACCAGCAGGAGCUAUUAUAUGGGGCAUGGCAGUGGAAUGCGGAGAGAUACGCAGACAUCAUAGGGUGGGUGCAAAAGAAAUUGCUGAUGUGUGCUUGCCAGAAACAUUGGAGUUCCAUAGUCCAGUGUACGCUUCUGUAAACUCAGAUGAAAGUCUUGAACCUUACACCACUGAAAAACUCAGCAGAGUUCCUGGUGGCUAUACGGCCCUCACAGAACACUUCCAAAUUAUGACAGCCAACUUUAACAACCUGCAGGAGCUGAAAAGCUUUGCAACUCGUAAGCCGUCCAAGAUCAACAUGCCUGUUAUUAAAGCAGGAAUACUAGAUGCCAUUGUGGUCUGGUUUACGUUACAGCUUGAUGAUGAGCACACUCUCUCUACAAGUCCAAGUGAGGACACCUGUUGGGAACAAGCAGUGUACCCUGUACAAGGCCUCCUUGAUUACUCUCUGAGAUCUGGGGACUCAGUUACAAUGGAAAUAUCAUGCCAGGACUGCUAUCUAAGGAUCCAGAAGAUUUCUCUUGUGACCUCAGAAUAUGGAAUGGAUGUGGAAAGAAAUUUCAAGGAGAAGAAUAGUGAGGCUGAGCUCUGCAGUGCUCUGGCCAGCCUUCAAACAACAAAUGCACUGGGACAAGAAUGCAUGCUGGAAUCUACUGAGAUUGCUUUACUGAACAAUAGGAGAUACCACGAAUGUUUUAAAGCUGCAAUAGGCAAAGUGCUGUCAUCCUUAAGCCUCUGUGAGCAAUCCAUGGAUGUGGACAGCCACAGUAAUGAACUGAAUCUUGAAAAGAACCAAAGCAAGAACUCAGUGACUCCUGAUCCUUUGUAUGUGUUGGACGUAUCAGAGGGCUUUUCAAUUUUGCCAGUAAUUGCAGGCAAAUUUGGGCCAGUUAAGGCCUACAGCUCUGUUGAAAAAGAACAGCACCAAGUAGCUCUCAGCCUGAUUUCAGAUGCUAACAAAUUUCCUAAGGAAACUUUAGAGUUUUGGCUCAACCACCUACAGGAUGAAAACAUGGUAUUACAGAGACCAAAAUCUGACAAGUUAUGGAGUAUUAUAAUUUUGGAUGUCAUAGAGACUUCUGGUCUAAUUCAACAGGACGUGAUGGAAAAGGCUGCAAUAUCCAGAUGUUUGCUUCACUCUGGAGGGAAGAUAUUCCCACAGCAUGUGAAGAUGUAUGGAAUGCUUGUGGAAUCUAGGUCAUUGCUACUUGAGACCACAGUUCAAGGGACAGAUCCCACCCUCGGUUUCAACAUUGCACCUUUUAUCAACCAGUUUAAGGUGCCUGUCCGUGUUUUUUUGGAUAUGUCCACACUUCCACACACACCUUUGAGCAAAUCAGUGGAACUUCUGCGAGUGGAUCUCAUGAAUCCAUACUUGAAUUGCUCUAGUAGAGAAGUUAAGGUCCAAGUUUGUAAAGCAGGUCACGUGACUGGUAUUCCAUUUUGCUAUCACGUGUACCUCGAUGAAGACACUGUUUUAGAUACAUCAAGCAAGUCAUCCCACUGGAAACAAGCUGCUAUUGUGUUAGAUAAGCCCAUUCAAGUUCAAGCAGGAGAUGAACUUGUGCUUGACGUUCAGUAUCACAACAGUAACGUUAGCAUUACAGUAAAACAGUAAACUGCCAUCAGCUACAGUGUUUUUACUAUUUUAAAAAGCCUACAGUACUUAGUUAUUUAUACUUGUUAAUCAUGUCUUAGACUUAGGGUCACACUUUUGAGUAUUUGAAGAUCUAAACAUCAAUUGAACUGUUGUGAAAUUCAGCACGACUUGUUUAGCAAUAAAGCCAUGGACCAUAAAGAGUAGAGAAAGCAUGCAGUUCUGCCUAGAAGUCUGUGUAAGAUGUCUACAAUGCUGAAUAACUUGAUAUUUGUAUUAUUUGCCUUUUGGAGAACUAUAUGAAUUUGAGUAUAAAAAGUAAAAUGGAAUGGAAUGCCACAACAUGCCUGUUCACAUCUCACUUUGAAGGUUAAUAGAGUAAAAAUGAAUUUGCUGGGCAGCAA